GACACUGAUUGCGUUACAGUGGCAGCUGUCUAACUACUUGCCUGUGAUAAGGUUUGUUCUGCUCUAUCUGGCGUCUCAGGUUUCAAGACUGAUCCUGUGUCCUGUAGUUUUUUUGCUCCACACAGGAGAGUCAGCGUGGAUGGACAUACAGUAGAGCCGUGGCCUGAGAAAAAGUCAACAGUGCUGCACUGGAGCGAUAAAGAAAGACUUGCAGUACCUGAAGAAUGAACAACAGCUACCAGGAAACAUCACUAGGCAUCCAGGAAACCGACUCUGGGGAUCCUGCCAUGACCAAACCGAGGAGGAUCAUCCACUUCUCCAGUGGUGAAACUCUGGAGGAAGAAGACAGUGAGGAGGAAGAAGAGCAGCCAUCAAACAGACCUCCCUUCACAGAACCUGCAGAGAGGACUAGGUUCUCAUUCAAGAAUGUGGCCAUACGAGUUGGGAGGAUUUCACUGCUGACUUGUGAUUUCCUUGGAGAGAGACUAGCUGGUGCACUUGGUCUGAAUGCAGCCAAAUACCAGUACGCCAUAGAUCAACAUCAUCGGGUCCACAAGACAACAAGCAGCAAAGCCACAGACAAUGUCAUGAAAGAACAGGCAGAGGAGAUGCACAUCUCUUCAAGCCUGGACAGGAGUCGUUAUGGAGCAAUAGGAGACGUCCGAUGUCCCUCCGAUUCCCAGGAGAGCUCUGCUGAGAAUCACAUGGACAUAUAUUCUGAAGGCUGUCACAACAGAGGCUAUCAAGCAGAUUAGGAUUAUUUGGAAAUAAAACUAAAAGAAGACCAUGA